GAAGGCAUUCCUAACUGAGGGAAGUAGCUUCCGAGUGUGUGUGUGUGUGUGUAUGUAUGUGCAUCUGCUGGUGUGUGUCCGUAUUCCUCUGUGAUGGACAGGUAAUAAAAGAAAGUUUGUAACGUUCACAGGCCUCAGAUUCGAGAACAGAAGCUGCUUUUGUUUCCAGCUAUGUCAGACGCUGAAGAGGAAUAUGAGGACCAGGCGGUGGAAGUUGAGGAGGAGCCAGAGGCAGAGCCGGAGGAAGAGGAGGAGGAAGCUGAACAGGCUGAAGAAGAUGGAGGAGAACAACAGGAGUACCAAGACCAAGAUGCCCAGGAGGAAGAAGAAGAGCGCCCCAAGCCAAAACCUCUUGUGCCCCAACUUGCUCCUCCAAAGAUUCCUGAGGGAGAACGAGUGGAUUUUGACGACAUUCACAGAAAGCGAAUGGAGAAGGACUUACUGGAGCUGCACACCCUGAUCGAUGUUCACUUUGAGCAGAGGAAGAAGGACGAGGAGGAACUCAUUGGGCUCAAGGAGCGGAUUGAGCACCGUCGAGCCGAGAGGGCCGAGAUCCAGAGGGUCAGAACCGAGAAGGAGAAGGACCGACAGAAUAGAAUUGCGCAUAGAAACACAGUGUGUGGCUCUGUGUUUCUCAGGAACCGGGCCCAGGAGAUGUGGAACUGGAUCCAUCAUCUGGAAUCUGAGAAGUUUGACUUCAUGGAGCAAAUGAAGCACCAGAGAUACGAGAUUACUGUGUUACUGAACAGAAUCCAACAUGCUCAGAAAUUCAAAAAAGGCCACGGCAAGGGGAAGGUGGGUGGUCGCUGGAAGUAAAACCGCAAAAACAAAGAUGGGAGCAACGUGGUUCAAAGACAAUUAAGAAAAAAAAAWGUUUGUUUUUUUAAUUGGAUUCUUUAUAGCGCUCCUGGGUUUGCCUGAACUGGAUGUGUUGUAACUUGAUGUUAUUUGGCAGAAAUAAAAAUAYACGCGCUACAUUUAAAAAGAUGUGUGAUUUUCUUCUUCAGCGUCUUCAAGGCAAAUACAAACAUUUGAAAAUAAACUCUGAAACAGACAGGCAGCCAGACAACCCAGGAGCAAUAUGCUCUCUCUCUCAUGUCCCUUCAUGUUUUGCACCAACUGAGAGUGAGAUAAUAAUAAUUAGCUCCGAGGCACAAAGAAUUACAGUAAUCCAGUAGAAAUUGCUWUAUGUUUUGAAACCAAGGUUUCUGCAUUCUGCCAAAACGGUUUCAUAAAGACCGACAAAUCAGAACGCUGUUUGUCUGACUGCACUGUGCUAAGUGUAAAGUUUGUUGGAGGGUGGAUUAUGAUGUGGCARCAGAUGAUAAUAAAUUCAGAGCCGUUUGGCAGCUGAAAAAGCCGUCUGUCUUCAAAAGAGCCGAGCUUCUCAUCACAAUUAAAACAAUAAAAUACA